AUGGAUGAGGCAACCAGACGAAAGUAUUGUGGCCUUCUAAUGUUCGACGUCUCCCCACCCUCCCUUUCUGACAAAUCUAUUAACAAAAUAGAUUCUUCGACACAACUUACGAUCGAUCAUACUACCUCAUUAGAAAAUAGUAGUAUUAGAACCCAAGAUAAUUUCGUUUUUACUUCUUUUUUAGAACCAAUUAGAGUGCGACCACAAAGCCCUAUAAAAAAUAAACCAACCGUAAAUAAUGACGUCUUGGAUUCAAAUUCGUCGAUAAUGAAUAACGAUAAGGCGACAAACUUAUCCAAUUUUGAAAAACUGUCUCCAGAAGAUAGAACUCCUCGCCCUCCCAAUGCCUUCAUUUUAUACAGGCGUGCAAAACAACCCGAAGUCACUCGGGAUCAUGGAAAUAUUUCUAAUUCAAAAAUAUCAAAAAUAUUAGCUACCCUUUGGCGAAAUGAGGACGAUGAUGUGAAACAUUAUUGGCAAAAAAUGGCUGACAGGAAAAAAAUGGAACAUAUGCUUGCCCAUCCUGGGUAUGUAUAUCGACCAAAAAAACCCAGUGAAAAUAAGAAAAAAAAAGAUCGUCGUAAAUUGAAGGCCACUACUCAGGAAUGUGAAGAACCGUCAAUUCCAACACCGGCUCCAAAUCCUGUUGUUUCUCCUCAGGAAUCGGAAUCUAUCAUUCCGAUGGACCCCACCUCCUUUCCUUAUGAAGACCAAUUUGAAAAUUAUUCGCAAAUUACUCCCACAAUUUUUCACGAUAUCGAUCUUGGAUAUAAUGUCUAUAGCAUCGAUUAUAACUAUUAUAAUGAUUAUAAUGAUUAUAAUUUUAUUGAAACCAAUGGACUUCAAUAUUUGAUCGAUCAGAAUGAUCCUUUCUUUUAUGAAAACAAUAUUUGUUAA